GUCCUAACGAGCAGGGACAUUGCUCGCGUGCUACCACAACAAUGCCGGGCAAGAUCACGACACUCAUCGGCACCAUCAGGCGAAAGCCUGCCACUGCACCAGAUGGCAGGUCAGAUAGAGAGCUCAACGGCACGACCGAGAAGACUUCCAUCAUACAGGAUCUCAAGCACAUGAACAUGAAGACUGCUUCCACACUCGGCCAAGGUCUUACCAGUCUGGCUUCAGGAGAACCUCUGGACGACAAAGAGCUGAUGUUGGAAAAUGGAGUCGCCAUGUUGCAGGGUCUGCCACUCAACAGUGGCCUCUCGGCAGCAACAAGUAAUGCCUUUAUCAAGAUGCUAUGGCACGACCUUCCUCACCCAGCUACUACUGUAGCAGGACCGACAGCUCGCUAUCGACGACACGAUGGAGGCAACAAUAAUCCUUGGAACCCCGAAAUGGGUAAAGCAGGCACGCCGUAUUCUCGUACAGUACCUCCCCUUCGACCCAAAGGCCCCAACCUUCCUGACCCCGAGCUGGUCUUCGAACAACUCCUCAAACGCCCAGACAACGAAUUCCGCGAACACCCGUCCGGUCUCAACAGACUCUUCUUCUCAUUUGCCACGAUUGUGAUCCACGAGUGCUUUCAAACCCGCCGAGGCACAGAUCAAUGGAUCAACGAAACUUCGAGUUAUGUGGAUUUGUCGACGCUCUACGGGAAUACCGAAGUGGAGCAGAAGAGAGUUCGAACGUACAACAAUGGACUGAUCUACAAGGACUCUUAUGCUUCUGAAAGAAUUGCUAUGAUGCCUCCUGGAGUGGUCACGCUCCUGGUCAUGUUCUCUCGCAAUCAUAAUGUCAUCGCCAAGAAUUUGUUGUCCAUCAAUGAAGAGGGAAGAUAUGGCGAGUGGGACAAGUUGAAGACUGAGGGUAAUGAGCCUGGGUGCCAGAAGUGGCAAGACGAGGACAUUUUCCAGGUUGCCCGAAACAUCAAUGUGGGCUUCUUCGCCACUGUCGUGCUCAAGGAUUACGUCGCAGCCAUUCUCAACACCCCACGAGCCAACUCAACCUGGUCUCUCGACCUCGGCGGUGAGAUCAAGGCGGGAGGCAAUCGUGUCGAACGAGGGACCGGAAACGUCGUCUCUGUCGAAUUUGCAGUUUUGUAUCACUGGCACGCAGCACUCUCUGCCGCAGAUGCCAAAUGGAUGGAGGAUAUCAUCAGGAAGAACAUCCCCGAGCUGGGCGACUUGACGGAGUUGAACGAGAAGCAUUUCAUGAAAGUGAUGAUGGCCGAAGGACACAAAUUGAAGAACACCCCACCUCCGAAAUGGACAUUCGGAGGGAUCGAAAGGAAUCCUGACGGCAGCUUCAACGAUGCCGACCUGGCCAAGAUUCUGCUAGAUUGUGUCGAAGAGCCCGCUCACGCGUUUGGAGCCCACGGUACGCCUGCUAGUCUGAAGAUUGUCGAUGUAAUGGGCCAGUUGCAAGCGAGAAACUGCUUCAAUGUGUGCACGAUGAACGAAUUUCGCCGAUAUUUGAACUUGAAGCCGUAUGCGAGCUUCAAGGACUGGAACCCCGAUCCCAAGACUGCGAGAUCAGCGGAGCUGUUGUAUGGCCAUAUUGACAACUUGGAGCUGUAUCCGGGAUUAAUGGCCGAGUGCACCAAGCCUGCCAUGCCUGGCAGUGGUGUCUGCCCGGGCCAAACGACCGGACGUGGCAUCUUGAACGAUGCUGUCGCGCUGGUCCGUGGAGACCGAUACCUUUCGUACGACUUGAACAGCUCCACUUUGACGAAUUGGGGCUUGGGAAAGAUUGGUGUUGUCGCACCAGGUUCCUACGGAGGCAUGUUACCCAAGAUCCUCUUCACUGGUCUUCCGGACAGCUUCACUGGUACUUCUGCAUACGCUCUGCUCCCCUUCUACACUCCCAAAGCCGUGAAGAAGAUCCUCGAAGGCAAUGGUGUGGUCCAGCAAUACGACCUCAAGCGUCCUGCAGGAAAGCCCAUGGUCGCUGUUCACACCCAGGAAGCUUGCAAGAAGGUUUUUGAAGACCGAGCAACCUUCCGCACCAUGUACCAGGCUGCCGUCACGAACUGCACCGAUGGCCACGAGUUUAUGCUUGGUUGGGAUGAACAGAAGAAACACGACGCUCGAUCUAAUGUCCUCCACAAAAUCUUCUUCGAAGAAGGAUUCGAGAAAAACGUCGGAAAAUUCUUCCGCGCCAACGUCGCCGCCCUCAUCAAGAAAAACUCCCUCACCUACUCCGGCUCCCGUCGCUCCAUUGACAUUGUCCGCGACGUGACCAACGUGACACCCAUCCUCUGGUUGGCCGAAAGGUUUGCCAUUCCUCUCAAAAGCGACGAGCAUCCCAAAGGGUUGAUUUCCCGGCCGCAGCUAUUUGAUAUGUGGCUAGUCCUGUUCAUCUACCAGAGUUUUAACAUUUUGCCUCGCAACGAGUGGGAACUGCGAGAGGGAGCGAUGAAGGCUGCACCGAUUCUGAGGGAGAUUCUGACGGCGCAUUUGAAGACUCAACAAGGAAUGAAGGAACAUAUUGUCGAUUGGUUGGCCAAGGGGAGUGCUUACGAGGUCGGUCCCGACGCCGACAGAAUCUACAAAGCCCUCCUCCACACCAACCUCCCCCUGGGCGACCUCGUAGGCGACAUCAUCGGAAUUUCCUCCCCCGUAGCAGGAAAUCUCACUCAACAAGCCUCCCUCCUCAUCGACCUCUUCCUCCUUCCGCAAUACGCCACUUACAAAUCCCGCAUCAUCCACCUCGCCCACCAACCCGAUGACGACGACGCCUCGAAUCGCGAACUUCAAGGUUUCGUCUUUGAGGGGAUGCGCCACGCCGGUGUCGUGCCUGGUGUGCCGCGCGUGGCGACUCGGGAUACCGUGAUUGAUGAUGGGGAGGAGGAGGAGGAGAGAGGUGGCGGCGCGCAGAAGAAGCAGAAGAAGAUUCUGGAGGGCCAAAUGGUAUUUGUUGCCACGUCAAAAGCGGCCAUGGAUCCCAAAGCAUUUCCUGAACCGGAAAAAUUGGAUCCGUAUAGGCCUUUGAGUAGUUAUAUUUUAUUGGGGCAUGGCCUUCAUUUCUGCUUUGGAGCUCGACUCGUCGCACCUGCUCUCGUGGCAACUUUGAAACAAGUUUUCAAAUUGAAAAAUCUUCGACGCGCAGCGGGGCGUAGUGGGGAGUUGCAUGGAGUGGAACAUGAGAUUUCGGGGACGGGAGUGAUGAUGAAGUCGUAUUUGGAUCAUGCUUCAAAGGAGAGUCCGAUUCCUACUACGUUGACGCUGGAGUAUGAUGAGUAAGGAGGUAGAGAAGGAGAGAGGGAUGAGAUGAUGAUUCAUAAUGGCCAU